CCACAGCGACCGCCGCCGCCGGUGUUCUGUCAAAUUAUGCUACCCGGUGAAUGCAUGGAUCUAUUAAUAAAAUCUGAUGAAUGUCCUACUUUGCGUCAAUGCGCAUGCGCACCAGUCAACAGCGUCGACUUGACUAAAACAACACGGAAUCGUCCUACAGCUGUUUAAGAAGAAAACUGGGAAAACGGUAAUAGAUGCCUAUUUGCACAUCUUCAUUGAAAAGCACAAGAUUGUCAACAUCCCCAAGAAGGCCCUCAUCCUUAUUGAUCCCUUUGGGAAAGAGGACUAUUAUUCAAGAAAAGUUCUCCACAACUGGAGGAACUACCUUAAAAGGAUGGAGAGAAGGGGCUGAGGCAUGGCAGGUGGAGACUGUGCACCACAAUAAACAGCAGGAUGCCAGUAGCUGCAGAGUUUUGGUUAUGAAGUUUGCAGAAAACUUCAUCACUGAGGAAUCCACAGAGGUCGUCACCACAGUGGAGGCUUUGCAUGAAUACAGGAAGCAGAUUGCCUGUAGCCGGCUACAAAAUCCGGGCGAUGCAAAAGAUUACUGCAUAGUGUGCGCCCUGCUGGAGUGCGAUCCAGAGCACAGCAUGAUAGGAAUGGUGCAGUGUGGGACAUGUCAUCAGUGGGCCCAUUUGGAAUGCGCCAAGUACACCGACGAAGAAAAUUACACCUGUCCAAAAUGCUUGUGA